AUAGACUUUAGAAGAAAAGAGAUGUGUCCGAAAAUUAGUGUGUAUUUGUGUAUAAUUGAUUAUGUAUGAAUGAAAUCAGUGCAUGCAUAAACACAUGCAAUGAUGCAUGUCGACGAAACAUAAAUAAAUUAGACCCACUUUUACUUACCAUUAAUCAAAAUUAAAUAGGUCAUCCCCAUAACAACAAUCUAUUUAUUGUCAUGGCAACAGUCAACAGUUUACUCAAUAAAAUCCCUUAAAGUAAAUCGUCACUCUACUGAACGAUUUGGAAGACAAUGAACGCAAUACAAGAAACAACAUAUUGUUGCUCAAGAAGAAUCUAAUAUCGUACAAAUCAGACAUUAUACCAAUCAAACCAAACGGAAAUUUUCUGAACUGUCACAAACUUCGAGAGAAUGACAACAGCAGAAAAAGGCGACUACCUAUCUUUCGGGGAUCGAAACAACGCCUUAUCCACAAUCAAAGUUUGGCACGAACAUAACCAAAAAGUCUUAAAAGGAGACAUCAUCAGAACCACUGAUAAAAACACAGCUAUCACCAAGAACAGCAUUAUAAAAGUCAACCAGACAUCUUGCGAAGACUUUAGUGAUAGCACCGAUCAAUUGAAGCAUAGAUCCAGACAUAUAAACUAUUGGAAGGCAGAAUUAGAAAGAGCUAUCAGAGAUAUGGAUGCUGAAAUCAAUGUCCUAGAAACUCAAAGACAGCAGUUAAAAAAUGCUAUGGACACUUUGAAAAUACCGGAGUAUAUAACUGAAGAAUGUUUAGAUUUGAGAAGGAAUAGAAUGCAGUCAGACUUAAUAUAUGAUGAGCCACAAGAAGAUCUGUUUACUGAGUCGGCUUUGAUAGAAAAUGUGAAAAGACUUCAUAGGGAUCUGUUAAGGGACGUGGAAUAUCAAUUGGAUAUGAAUGUGGCUUCUAAAAAUUGGUUGGAAAGGGAUUGGAGUGAUAAAUUCUUGGCUUUUAAGUAUGAGAGUCAGAACGCUUAUUUGGAGACUAAAGCUGUGAAUGUUAAGGAUUCGGCUGGUGCUACUAGGCUCUCGGAAGGUCAAUCCAACGUGCCAUCCUGGGAACAGCACACGAUAAACGCCUUAAACGAAUUCAAGGUCACCAUCGACAAAUCUAAGGCUUUAAGAGCUAAAGUUGACGCAGUUCUCAUAAACACCUCCCGUGAUCUUCGCUCUCAAGACAUUAAGGUCAACAAAUCAUUAAGCGAACGCAUUGCAAGGACUGAACAAGUAAAAACAGAGUUAGAAAACCAGUUGAAAUUGACCUUGGAAAAGAUUGUGGAGACGGAGAAUAUUUUGGAAAUGCUACAUGAAGAAAUGUUAAAGGUUUCACAGAGAAUACAAGUAGCACAAACAAGGCUGAACACGAAGAAUUGUAGACCGAAUGUUGAGAACUGCAGAGAAGGGUCUUUAGUAGCCUUAAUAGAAGAAGUGAGAGAUUUAAAUGAUAGCAUGAGUUUGUUGCAAAAGAGAUCGAUAGAGACGGAGAAGUUAAGAGCAGAGUUAAUACACGAAAGGUCUUUGAUAGAGAAUGAGAUUAUCGUAAAGAAGAAGACCCUGUUUUUGGACAACGAUAGAUGUCUGUUUUUGAGAUCGUUUUUUCAGUCUGCUGAGAAAAUGUGUGGAUUUUAAAGGAUUAGCCAAAUGUCUUAAAAACAGCCAUGAAGGGCGAAGUACACAAUAUUUAAAUUGCACGUCUCGUAGCAAAAUGUUUUGGCAC